GGAUCAGGGAGUGGCUGUGGGUUGGGGAAGGUGUGGUGUGCAGGCUGUGUUUGUGCAUAUGUUUCUCUAUGUGUGCCUGAAUGGCUCCGUGUGCGGGUUGUGUUUCCACUUCCUGUAUUACCCUACGCAUGUGUGUGCUGCGUAUACAGAUGGCAGGUCUGUGUAUGUGUGUCUCUGUCUCUCUGUAGGGUUGUGUGUCCCUGAGUGUGUGUUUGCACUGUCUUAUUGUAUCCAUAUGUCCCUCUGUCCGUGUGUCUCCUAUCCAGGCUGCGUGUGUGCGGGUCCGUGUUCCAGUCCCGGUCCAGGUUUGCGUGUCCAGCAGGGGUCCUGGCCGCAUCGUCGCUACCUCCACCUCGCGCCUGUCCGUUUGUCCGCGCGUCCUCCUGGGGAGGAGCGCGGCGGAGGGGAAGGGAAGGGGAGAGGAGGGGGGUCUCUCCACCUCUCCACCCACCCCCGCCCCACCCCCACUCCCUCAGUCCCGGGAUCGAACCUUAUUUAGAGUCGCGAUUCGACAUCUGUUUUCAAAUUUGAUCAGCUCUGAACUUUAUUUUCCGAGUUUGAGGAAAAUUAUAUUCCAUCGAUCGCGCCCCCGCCCCCUCCCCCGCGCCGCCGCCGCCGCCUCCAUAUAUCUGCGAGUCGAGCCCGGCCGGGCGGCCGCGAGGGCGGGAGGCGCGCGGCGCGCAGAGGAGUGGAGGGAGGAGGAGGAGGAAGAGGAGGAAGAGGAGAAGGCGCAGGAGGCAGGGCCGCUCCGCGCCCCCAGCCGGCCAGGCUGUCCGGGCGCGCGCCAGCCCGCGCUCGCUGAGCUGAGCUCCCGCCCGGGGCUCCGUCCUCAGCUCUCCGCGUCUCUGCUCUCUUUGCGCCUCUAUCUCGCUGUCUCCCUCCCUCUCUGCAUCUCCCCGUCUCUGCUCGUCUCCCCGUCUCUGUCUCCCUGGCUGUCUCUCCGUCUCUGAGUCUCUCCUGUCCCGGCGUCUCAGAGACUCCCUCUCCUCGUCCUCUGGGUCUCUGCCUUCCUGGGGCUCCGGGCAUCUCCCCCCACCCCGCCCCUCGCCCCGGUGCCCCCUCCCCAGGACGCCGCGGGGGCCAUGGCUGCGGGAUCCGAACUUUAAACACUUCUCCCCGGACCGGAGCGGAUGCGCAAAGCCCAGAAAGGCCGGCUCCGCCAUGGACUGUAGCUGCGUCUCCGACCUUCUCUUCGCCCCGCCUGCCCUGCCGGCUCUCUGGACCCCCGGGUUUGCCUUCCCGGAUUGGGCCUACAAGCCAGAGUCAUCCCCUGGCUCAAGGCAGAUCCAGCUGUGGCACUUUAUCCUGGAGCUGCUGCAGAAGGAAGAGUACCAGGGCGUCAUCGCCUGGCAGGGGGACUACGGGGAAUUCGUCAUCAAAGACCCCGAUGAGGUGGCCCGGCUGUGGGGUAUUCGCAAAUGCAAGCCCCACAUGAAUUACGACAAGCUGAGCCGGGCCCUGCGUUACUACUACAACAAGCGGAUUCUCCACAAGACCAAAGGGAAGAGGUUCACCUACAAGUUCAACUUCAGCAAAGUCGUGCUUGUCAAUUACCCGCUGCUGGACAUGGCGGCAGCUGCCACUGGCUCCCCACUCUUGCUGACCCCCAGUCCCUUUGGGGGGGCCCCAGGGCCAGAUGCUCCUCCCCUCACCCCUGAGACCCUGCAAACUCUGUUCUCUGCCCCACGCCUGGGAGAGCCAGGGGCCCGGACACCCCUGUUCACCUCCGAGACAGAUAAACUGCGUCUGGACAGCCCUUUCCCGUUCCUGGGCUCUGGUGCCACCAGCUAUUCCAAGCCCCCUGGCCUGCUGGGUCCUUAUGGCCGCGCCUUCCCUGAGUACCCCUGGAACUUUAACCCGUACCUCACGGGCCCCUUCCCCAAGCUGCCUCCCUCUCUCUACCCCCCGCACUUCUACCCCAACCCUCUGGCCAGUUCCCUGGGCCACCUGCCCUCGGCAGGGGCAGGGGGAGGCCCCACAGCCGCGCCCCUGCUGGCCUCGACAGGGGAGGGCCUGGGCCCCGAGCGCCCCUCGGGCCUGGCAGCGGCCCCUCGCCUGGCGCUGCCGGGGACUGGGGGUCCAGAGGCUGCCCUUGGUGGGAAGGAGGACAGCGACUCGGAGCUGGAGAUCACCGACGUCAGCGGCUGCAGCUCUGACAGCGAGGGCGAUGAGGGUCUCCCGGGGCCCCCCAAGGCAAAGGCGGGCAAAGGGGGGGCCGGCAGCUGAGCCGGCAGGGGGCAAUAGAUUCUGCUGAGGCAGGGACCAGGGCGGCUGCCCGUCUGCCCUUGAUGCCUGGCCCAAGGCCCAGGACCAGCCCUCAGCACCUCCCGGGUCUGGGCACGUUGCUGCCCCAGUCUCCUUCCCCAGCCCCAGAGUGGGGGUCUCACUUCCCCCUCCACAGAGGACAGAGGGAAUGUGAUGGCCUCCAGCCUCCUCCCCAGGCUCCAGUUUGAGGGGGGUCCCCGCCUGGCCCCACUCCCAAAGUGCAAUAUGGCGCCCAGCCUUCCCUGCCCGCCCACCCGUGCUAUGCCCCGAGUGUUUGUGUGGCCGUGUCUCCAAACCCCCUGUGCUGGCCCCAGUCCUGACACCCCCCCACAUAGGCCCCCCUGGGGACAGGGAGCUCAGAGCAAUAACCCCGCCCCCAGCCCCCACCCAGGAGGGGCCCCCUCCCCACCAGCUCCCCAUGAUCCCGACAGUCACCUCCAGAGAGUUUUACUACAGAAAUAAAAGAACAGAGAGUGAGA